GAAAGUUAACUAAUAAGUGAUUACGUGUUCCACUGACAAAAGAAAUAGGAAUACACUAGACACUGAACUAGUGAAGUUAAAUAUUUUUAAAGGUGCUUAAAAUUCAUUGUUUUCUUGAAUUAUUGCACUCAGCUUCCACCAAUAAUUUUCUAAAUUUAAUUAAGUGUGUUAUUGUUCUGUUUUUGUUGCAGACGACUGACGCCCCAUAAUGGAUAUAGAAGAGAAAAGAUAUUCCCAGAUGGAAAAUGUCUUGAAUAAAAUCAAUCAGAAAUAUAUAUCUCUGCCAAAGGAUCAGAAGAAAAUAAACGGUAAAAUUUUAGAAACGAUAAUGGAGACUAUGACAAAAAAGUUGAAAGAAAAAGAUGAUUUAUUCAGACAUGUGUACGAAAGGAUAUUCUGCGGCGGCAGCUUCUACGAUGGAAUAAAAGUCGGAAAACCCGAGGAAUAUGAUUUGGACAGUGUGUUGAACUUACCCUUGUUGGCCGAACCAGAUGUAGAAAUCAGCGACAGGCCUGGGUUUGUUUAUAUUCGUAUAAAUGAAUAUGCUAAACUACUGAAAUCGCCAGAUGGAAAAAAAUUCGAGAAACUGAAUACCUUGAUGGAUGGGCAAUAUUUGUCGACCCCGAAGGUUCUGGCUUGGAUGGAAAGCAUAAUAGGUUUGGCCUUAAACGAUAUUGAGAAAGACGAAUUAGGAAAUUACUUUGAGGUUGAAAUUGAACAAAACAAACUUGUCAAGAUUUAUGUUUCUUUAUCGAAAUCUCAUCCUGCUUUCACUUUGAAAUUGAGAAAUAAAGACUAUAAUAUCAUUCUCGACAUAGAUUUAGUACCUUGCUUCCAGUUUAAUGGCAAAAAAUGGCCAAAGGGUGAUUAUAGACCGAAUCCAAAACCAUCCAGGGACAAGUUUUUGGUCGUCCCCAAGAAGCCUUACGAAUCGUCGCCAUCUGAAGAUGUCAGCAAAUAUUGGAGGUUAUCUUUUCAAGAACAGGAAAGAGACCUCAUUAAAGGUUAUGAAUACAACAAAAUGAAACCUACUAUUAAAUUACUGAAGUUCAUUCGAGAUAAAUAUAACCACAAAAUUGCAAGUUAUUUCAUUAAAACUGUUUUCUUAUGGGAAAUUCACGAGAGAGACAAUGUAGCUUUCUGGGCCCAGCCAUUAAGUUAUGUUUUCAUGAAGAUGCUGGAAAAGUACGCUAAUAUGCUUGAAAAAAAAAAUAUUCCUUAUUAUUGGAAUAAAAAUUUCAACCUCAUCGAACAUUUGAAAGCUUCGACGGUGACGGGUGUUGCCAACUUCAUAAAAAGAAUGGUUAAUGAUGUCAUCAAAAAUCUGGAUGAUCCUUUCAGGAUUGCUAAAUAUUUGUUGAGUUCAGAGGAUGUGGAGAUUUUUAAAUCCGAAGUUACUCUUGGCAAAAAAUAUCUGAAGAAGAAUGAUCGAGAUCUAUCAUUAGAAGAUUCUAUUGAUGGCUUAGAAGCUUCCACAUCAUUGGGCUUAGCACCAUGUCACAAUUUUUCAAAUGUGGAAAUAAAAGUGAAGAAAACUAUCGAUCCAGAGAUAUCCACAUCAGAAGAUUCUGUUGAUGGUUCUGAAGGUCGAUCCACCCAAAAUGGGAUGUCAGCAAGCUCUUCAUCGUCAGGCAUAUCGUCAAAGCAUAUUUCAAGAGGUGGUUCUAGCAAUUUAAGAAAUUAUUUAGCCAGUUCGUCCGACAUGUUGGCGGAUGUCAUCGAACAACUUUGCGAACAGAAUAAAGAAUUGCAGGAAAGUAACAGAGCCAUAUUGAGAACUUGUAGGCAGUUGGAGGAAAGAGUAGCGAAUCUCGAGAGAAAAUGUGAUAAACUGACUCAUGACAACGGAUUGUUGAUCGAAAGAAACAUUCCGUCGGGUUUUUCCACAAGUGAAAUAGACAAGUUGAAUCUCACAGUAAGUUUUUUUGAAGAUAAUUCAACAAACACCGAUAGGUGGAAUUUGUGAAGGCUUUUUGUUGUGGAUUUUGAAUUUUUUUAAAUUGUAUUCACUUAAUGGAUUUUUUGACACGUGAGAUAUGGUGUUAGCAGCGCCCCUCAAGAAAAAUUGAUUUCUUUGUAUAUGUUUACUGUUUACUGUAUAUGGAAAACUGUUUUCCAUUCCUUAUAUGUGAACCUUCCCUGUAAGGCCUGUGAAAGCUAACUAUAAUUUAAAGAUAAAUAAAGACUUUUAUAGAAUUCUGAA